UAACUUAUUGCACCAGUUCAACAGCGCAGCUACAAAGAACAGACCACUUAUUACCUAAAGCCAUAUACCGAACGAACGAACAUUUAACGCAAAAAUCUUGAUUGAUGUCAUGGAAAAUGGCGUGUGGACAUUGUUUCGGAACAAUCCGGAGUCAAAAAUAGAACCAACCAACCAACCUUGAUUAAUGUCAUUCAUGACAGGAUUUGCAAAAUGCUGCGAAUCAUGGCGACUGGAGAGUCGAUUCUUCCCCUGCAAAGUAGGCGGUAAACCGGCAUGGCUCGAUUUAAAAAACAUUCCCGAAACGUGGAAUGUUGCAAAUCAAAUCAGAAUGGAAACUUAAAGGUUUUUCGUUCACAAUUGAAUAAAAACAAUAUUUUUUAUUCACCUGAACCACCCAUUGAAGAAAAAUAUUGGGGAACAGAUGUUGAUGUGUCAAAAUGGGUGAAGACUUGCCACAUUUGUGGAAUUUUAGCACCGUGCCACUGCUCCAAGUGUAAAGUUAUCAAUUAUUGUUCUCGUAUACAUCAAAUUCAUGAUUGGAAAAAUGGACACAGAGAGACAUGCAGUACCAAAGCAGUUAAUACAAAGGAAAGAUUAAUCAAGGACAAUGGUAUUUUAUUUCCCGAAUAUGAGAUUAUAAUUGACUUUGAAGAAAUUGAGAAACCUACUGAAAAUGAAGAAAAAGAACUUGAAAAAUAUAAUGCAAUGAUAAAGAAUAACACAGCUGGUACUCUUCAACAUGAAGAUGUGGUUAAUGACUUAUCAAAAAUAGCUCUUCAUGAAAAAGACCAAACAUUUUCAAAAUUCCGUGUAACAGUUCAGAAUCAUCCAACUCAGAUUAUAAGAUAUGAUAUAGGAGGGGAAAUUCUGUAUAUUUCAUCAGAUAAUCAAAUAACAAAUGUCCCAAAAUGUCCAGAAUGCAAUGGCAACAGACAAUUUGAAUUUCAAAUAAUGCCACAACUACUAUAUUAUCUUGGGUCAACGGAUUUUAAAUGCCUUGAUUGGGGAAUAUUGGCUGUGUUUACAUGUGAACAAUCUUGCAAACCUAACAACAAAUAUGUGAGAGAAUAUAUAUGGAAACAAGAUAUUGUACAGCAGGAAGGAAGCUCAGAAAUAAAACAAAACAUAUGAAUA